AUGCCACCAAAGUCGAGAUCCCAGGUCGACGCCGCCCCCGAGGGUUUCACGCCCGAGAGGUUCGAAAAGGAGCUGAAGAGCCUGGCGGCCAAGGCCAAGGGCGAGACCAAGGGUCGGUUCUUCCGGCAGCAGGUAUCAGUGUAUCUUAAGUCCGUCACCCUGCUUGCUCUCGCCGCCGUCUACAGCAACGUCUCUCAGCUGGCCCUCUCGCCCGUCUAUGGCUCCAUCCCGUCGUCGAUAUAUCACGCCAAGCUCGUCAUGGUCGCCUGCUUCUUCGGCUGGGCCGGCAACAUGUUCCUAAACCGCUCGCUACCCUUCCACCCGGCCAAACUGCUGCCUGUCGUCGCCCUCUGGGUGCCGGCCGUCCAGUUCUACUUGUAUCAGGCGAGCGGUACCCUCACGGCGUACUGGGGCCCCCUGCUCAUGGAGGCCGUCACGCUGUUCCCCCUUAUUGUGAUCUCGGUGAGCUGCCUGGCAACCGAGCUGGAGAAGGCCGAUCUCUCGAAGCUCCCCAAGUUCAUCGCCGAUGCGGGUCCUGGCCUGGGAUCAUGGGGAUUCUUCAAAUUCUUGGAGAAGCUAUCGGGAGAAUACCUCCAGACGUACAUCGGCAGGUCCUUCUUCCAGACCAGAAUCGGCCUCGAGACGCUGCUGGCUGCCGCGUACUCUGUCUACGCGCCCUCCAAGCUGCUGCUUUUCGCCAUCCCGGCCGUCUUGCACACGGCUGUGCUGAACACGCAUGCUCUGACGCCCAUGGCGUCUGCUUCGCUUAACAGCACUCUGCAGGCCAACAACUGGACCCUGCUAGACCGCAAGGAAUCUCUUACCGGAUACGUCUCCGUUCUCGAGAGCCAAGAGCACGGCUACAGAGUCAUGAGAUGCGACCACUCUCUCCUCGGUGGCGAGUGGGUUAAGCACAAAGGACCCCGAGUUGCGGAGCCCAUCUACGGCGUAUUCGUCAUGCUGGAGGCUGUGCGGCUCGUCAAGACUGCAAAGGCGGUGCCUAAUAGCGAGGCCAAGGCCCUCAACAUUGGCCUCGGCAUCGGCACUACACCAGCUGCUCUCGUCGCUCACGGCGUUGACACAACGAUCGUCGAGAUCGACCCCGCUGUGCAUGAGUUUGCCUCCAAGUACUUCCAGCUGCCAUCAAACCACACCCCCGUUAUUGCGGACGCCGUAAGCUACACACGUAAGCUUGUCGAUGAUCCGGAUGCUAGAUUCGACUACAUCGUUCACGAUGUCUUUACUGGAGGCGCCGAGCCCGUCCCCCUCUUCACCCUCGAGUUCCUCCAAGGUCUAAACUCGCUCCUCAAGCCCGACGGCGCCAUCGCCAUUAACUACGCCGGCGACUUCCUCCACCCAGCCCCGAAGCUCAUCGUCGACACCAUCAAGCAGGUGUUCCCCUCAUGCCGUAUCUUCCGCGAGUCGGAGCACCCCACUAAGGAGAAGAUUGCCGAGGAUGGCCAGGACUUCACCAACAUGGUCAUCUUCUGCAAGAAGACGAGUGGCAAGCUCAAGUUCCGCGCCCCCGUUGAGGACGAUUUCCUCGACAGCCGCACCCGCCGCGCCUUCUUGAUGCCUUACCACGAGGUUCUCGACAAGCACUUCCUCGAGGGCGACUUUGGCAUCCUGACGAACAACAACACCGAGCAGCUGACCAAGUGGCACGAGAAGAGCGCGUUGGGCCAUUGGGAGGUCAUGCGGAUCGUCUUGCCUGACAAGAUUUGGGAGAUGUGGUAA